UAUCUGCGACACAUUAGCAUUUGCUUUUUGAUUUGAUACUGUUUCAGAUGCCGCCAAGGAUUUCACUAACCCACGCAAGUUCUCACGUCGUUUAUGGAAAAGUUUGAACUCGGUACACGCAGACCCAGUCCAGUUUUGUCUUUGAAUAGCAAAGAUCCAUAAAAAUGGCACCUAAUGUGAAAAGAAAUUCAAAGAGUCUCAAUCAUCGGGCGCAAAUCACCACGAACCCGCAACAAGCUAUUGCGGAAUACUUCAUAUCCAAAUCGGAAAGCAAAAAUAUCAAGAAAUUGUCAGAAUGGGACGUAGCUCGGAUAAGUCCGGCUGCGGAAUUAGUGAAGGCACGACGCGAAUUGGACUUAGCGGAGAGUCAACUCGUGGAAAAACAGAGGGAACAAGCUGAGAAGCGAAAAGAAAUGGACAAGAAUUGGGCAGAACUCAGGAGGAAGGAGCUAAUUUUCCGCCAGUCUUUUCAAAAAUUUAACAAAUUCGCUAAGGAAAAUCAGGAUAAACGAGAAAGGGCUGAACAUAAAAUUGCCGAAGAAAUCGCACUGCAAAGCAAACGCAGAGAAGAGAUAAAAGAAAUGGAGGAAAAAUUGAAAAGCAUGAAAGAUAUCAAAGAAAAUAUGGAAAAGCACGUGGCGGAUUACGGAAUGUUUCAAGAUUAUCUGGAAAAAGUCAUCUCUGAGACGUCGCAGUUCGAAACAAUUUCGGAAAUAUUAACGAGAUACGAAUGUCUGACUGAGGCCAGGAAAGAGCUUUCCGAACGUCAGGAUCAAAAUCUUCAGGCGUUGGAGGACGCGAGCACAGAAAUGGUUCGUCUAACGGACGACAAGGCACAGAAAUUGAUAAACUUGAACAACCGAUUAGCAGAUUUACAGGGCAGAUACGACAGAGCAAAGAUGAACGCCCUUCGUUGGGAAACGGCGGUGCAACGAAUAAAAGAAACGACCGCUGCGAAGCACUUGGAGUUGACUCAAGUACGCGCGUGUUGCUGGAAUGUUUAUCAGCAGAUUUGUAAACGUAAAGGAAUACCGCUGGAAGUGGAUCGCGAGGAUGUCGAACACCAGUUGGUCCACAUAAAACGAACUAUUCUAGAACUAAAACGCAUCGUACGCGUCGCUCGACGAAGGGCGCUAAUAGAAGCUAGGGCAAAGGAGGCGUGAACUGACCUAACUUGAAAUAAUCUUACCCGAAUAACUUACCGAGCACAUCAUUAGAGGCUGUACGCGCGGCUCCAGGAAAAGAAGAUCUAUAAUUAAAUAAUUAUUCUCGCGUGGCCUUGCGUUGCUUGUAUCGUCCACUAUACCUUGUUGUAUUAUCAA